UCAAUAAAAGUUGCUAUAGUCUAGUAGUAUGAGUAAAUACUAAAACCUGAAGAGUUGAAUUUACUAUCCGUAGGCUCAGUAAACCAGUGCUGGUUAAAUUCGUAACCGUGGUUAAAAUUUCUAAGCCGUCUAUAAAACGGUACCCUUCGUCUUCUUCAUCUCCCGCCAACAUUUUCUCAGAAUAAUUCCCGUUAUUUCAAAAAUUUGAAACCGAUCUCUGGAAAGCAUCUUUCCUCCUCCGCUUCUCCAUUUCCUUUCCAAACACUGAAAACCAUGGUUGUGGCACAGAAAUUGAAGGAAGCAGAGAUCACGGAGCAGGACUCUCUUCUCCUGACGAGGAACCUGCUGCGCAUCGCUAUAUUCAAUAUCAGUUAUAUCAGAGGUCUUUUUCCAGAAAAGUAUUUCAACGAUAAGUCAGUUCCUGCUUUAGAGAUGAAGAUCAAGAAGCUUAUGCCGAUGGAUGCAGAGUCCCGAAGAUUGAUUGACUGGAUGGAAAAAGGUGUAUAUGAUGCGUUGCAACGGAAAUACCUUAAGACGCUUCUCUUCUGCGUAUGCGAGGCAGUGGAAGGGCCAAUGAUUGAGGAAUAUGCUUUUUCUUUCAGCUAUUCCAGUUCUGAUAGUCAAGAGGUCUCAAUGAACGUCACUCGCACUGGAAACAAGAAACAGGGAGGAACAUUCAAGUGCAACUCCACGGCCGAAGUAACUCCCAACCAGAUGAGGAGUUCUGCUUGUAAGAUGGUCCGUACACUGGUUCAACUGAUGAGAACAUUGGAUAAGAUGCCCGAAGAGCGCACCAUAUUGAUGAAACUCCUCUACUAUGAUGAUGUUACGCCGGUCGAUUAUGAACCUCCAUUCUUCAGGAGUUGCACAGAGGAAGAGGGACAUCAUCCCUGGACUAAAAGUCCAUUAAGGAUGGAGGUUGGAAACGUCAACAGCAAGCAUUUUGUAUUGGCUCUCAAAGUAAAGAGUGUGCUUGAUCCAUGUGAGGAUGAAAAUGAUGAUAAUGAAGAGAUUGAAGUUAGCUUAGGAGCUGACUCGGAACAAAGGAACGGGUUUUCUGAAACUGACAGUGAGGUUGACCCUUCCCCAGAAGGCGAUUAUAUUGUUGCACCAAGAGAAAAGCUACAACAACAAGAACAAGAUAAUACUAGCAAAAUUGAUGAAGAUGAUACUCAGGAUCCAGAGGAAGAUGAACAGCAGUUAGCAAGGGUGAAGGACUGGAUCAACAGUAACCAAUAUGACAAAUUAGAAAUUACUGAUGUUCUUUCAAAUUUUCCGGACAUUUCGGUGGUUUUAACUGAAGAAAUUAUGGACAAACUUGUUAACGAAGGCGUUUUGUCCAAGACUGGAAGGGAUUCUUACAACAUCAACAAGCAGAAGGCGUUUGACUAUGAAUUCGACUUGGUGAAAGAAGAAAUUGAUGGUCAAAUAGACAAAGUUGAUGUCAAAGCUACCACAGCCCACGAUACCCUAUAUCUGAAGGCCUUAUAUCACACUCUUCAAAUGCGUUAUGUGACGGUUGCAAAGCUUCAAAACAAGCUUGAAGGAGAGGCCAGUCUGACCAAAGUACGUAAAAUCAUUGACAAGAUGAUUCGAGAUGGUUUCGUUGAAGCCAAAGGGAGCCGAAGACUGGGCAAACGCGUGAUCCACUCAGAUUUGGCUGAAAAGAAGUUGAAAGAAGUAAAGAAAGUAUUGAACUACGAAGACAUGGAAAUCGAAUCUUAUGAACCACAUGAAAAGUCCAACAACAAGAUGGAUAGCAACCACAGGGACAUGUCCACUUGUGGUAUCCUCCGUUCCAUUGGAUCAGAUUUAACGCGCAUGAGAGUGACAUCAGACACAAACCAAAAUGGUUUGAAAUCAAAGAACCUUGGAAACACUCCCACAAGCACGCCUGUGCCAGCUGCGUCGAGAGAAAGUUUCGUGCCAGGAAAUGAUAAUAUUAGAGUGAAUGGAAGUGGAAACCACCUUGACGAGAUGGACUUGGAAAAGUCUACUCAAGACAAACGUUCCAGAAAGACAAGCACGGUUAAGGAUCCUAUCCUUCAGCACACAAAGCGACAGAAAUCUCAAGACCAGUGAAAAGCCUGGCUUUAAAUAUCUGACUUGUUCGACCGUAUUCUCUUUAUUAAACUGGUAAUUCUUGGAAUGCAUCGAAAAUAGAAUAACUUUCUAGACCUUGAUGAACGUAUGGAUUAUCCUUGGAUUAUUAAUUUUCCCUUGCUCUCUUAAGAUUCUUAUUUUGCACCAACCCGACGUGUUUUCAGGUAAACGAAGAAACAAACACAGAAUCUAUGAAUUUUGAUUUGUUCCUUCCUAGUAGUUGAAUGUUAGUGUUGGAAAUCUUUCAUAUAGUUCGAACAUUUGAUUAUAAUUCGCUUCCUUUGUUCAUGGGAAUCAAGAAUUUAGAACAAAAUCUAUACGACAUGUGUUUUCAACAUUGAAUUUUGUUCAUGUACUUGUUAUAACCCUUGAUGUCAAUGCACAUUAAAAAUAGUUUUUCAAGACAUUCCUCCAAGUGAGAAGGAAUAUGAGCUUAUGUAGCAGGUGGCGUUCAGG